UUCAGCGUGUUUGACGGGUGCGAGAGCAUGAAGGAAGGCAUUCUAUUCGACUUGGCCAUCCAGCUGAUCAAUGUCAUCCUGGGGAUCCCGGCCAACAUCAUUGUGAUCUUCAUCCUGAUCCAGAACCGCCACGAGCCGUCCACCUCUGAUAUCUACCAUGGCAGCCUGGCCUUCAUGGACACCUACUUCGGGGUCAUGACGCCCAUCAUCUUUGCCAACCUCUACCAAUGGCAGAGCAAGGACAUCUGGACAGCGAGUGAGUUCUCCUACGGCGUGAAGGACACCAGUGGACCCCUCUUCCUCUCCUGCAUCUGCUUGGACCGCUUCAUGGCCGUCCUCUUCCCCACUGCCUUCGGCCGCCUCAAGCACCCUAAGUACAGAAUCAUGCUCUCCAUCCUGAUGUUUUUGUUCAUGUUUGCGUACGCCGCUGCUAAGGCUGUCGGAGGCCUGCCCAACUUCGAGAGGGUGUUCACCGGCGUGGUGCUGGCCACCUUCACCUGGAUGAUGGUGUGCAACGCCUCCAUCUUGCUGGUGCUGAAGCGCUCCAAGGGCGCUGGCAAGGACAAGAUGCACCCCAUGAAGAAGAAGGCCUUCAAAAUGGUGGUCUUCAUCCUAGUCAUCAUCGUGGUCAACUACCUACCAAUAGUGGUGCUCUUCCCGUUUCAAGACCUCUACCCGCCGGACACCUUCCGCUGCUACGUGCAGCCGGUGGGUUUCGCCUUCCUGAACAUCAGCAGCAGCAUCCAGCCCAUGAUCUUCCUCUCGCGUCUGGACAAAGUGCCCUUCCUGCCUGAGGCCUGGACCAAGGGGUGCUGCGCCUGCAGCGGCAACAGCGAGAAGCUCACGAUCACCGCCAGCACCGAAACCAUAGCAACUAUAACGUCCACCACGCCUCUUUCCCCGGCCUGA